CGAGCGGCUGCCUCGGUCAGACUGCGUAUGUGUUGCGGCUCGCUCAUCGCCGAAACUGGUACGCUGGUGAACGACUCACGUGCGGAGGGCUACCAGGGCGACUCGGCAGCACUGACCGGCAGCUAGCAGCAGCGCGCUUCAGCCAGGGUGAGGGCGGACACUUGCACCGCGCCUGCUGGUCCUUCCGAGAGCCAUGGCCGCAGAACCGCGAUCGGGGGCGUACGGCUGCGGCUGCAGCAGAGGCGGCGAGCCCGUGGCCUAGUGCGUCGCGCCGGCCGGCGAUGUAACACAGUAUGGGGCGGCAGCGACUGCGCUCCGAGGAAUGCUGGUGCCCCCUUCGUGGCUACUCUUCGGACACCAACCCCACGUAACGUCCGACCAAGAUGCCGUAGCUCUUGCUCUGUUCCAUGGGACAGACUUUAUGUGAAAAUCAAGUGACUCUUAGGUAUUAACGAACGUUACGAACUUCAUUUACGAAAAAGAAACGAACCGAAAGUUUCUUAGAAAAGCUUAGAAAAUACGCUAUAGGAUGAUACUACAAUACCACUUAGGAAAUUGAUAUAUAUAUUUUUUUUUUUUUUCAAACGAUCUCUCGCUUUAGAAUAUUCGAGUGUGCACUGCUUUCCCUGUGCCAUUCGCAACCGGCGCAGAGCCGCAGGGCUAAAGUUUAAAUAUAUUAUAAUCCCGCAAUUGCUCGAGUGAAAACUGAAAUUGAGGUGCUUCUGCAGGAUUUAUGAGACUCGGGGGUAUGUUGGGCGGAGAUUUCUGAUCGGUGCCGAGUAGGAUUAGUUGUGGCGCUCGCCGCUAGGAGGUCGGCUCGGGCUGGUCAAGAUGGCGGCCGGCGGGUGUACCGGCAGAGGCGACUGGCGAAAUGGUGAGCUGGCAUGGUGGCUGCUCUGAACCGCCUGCAGCAGCAACACCAUGGCCGACCUGCCCGACCUCUCGCACCUCACGCCCGAGGAGCGGCGCAUCAUCGAGUCGGUGAUGAUGCGCCAGAAGCAAGAGGAGGAGCGCGAGAACGAGAUCAUGAGGCGCAAGCAGGACGAGGUGCAGGUCCUGGAGGAGACGAUCCGCGCGCGCAGCGAGCAGCAGAAGAAGGCGGGCGUCGAGCUGGACGCCACGUGCCACAUCUGCCUCAAGACCAAGUUCGCCGACGGCGUGGGGCACAUGUGCAACUACUGCAACAUCCGCUGCUGCGCGCGCUGCGGCGGCAAGGUCACGCUGCGCUCCAACAAGGUGAUCUGGGUGUGCAUCCUUUGCCGGAAAAAGCAGGAGCUGCUGAGCAAGACUGGCCAGUGGAUCAACAAGGGCAUGGCGGCCGGCGACCACGCGGGCGCCGUCCCCGGGGGCGGCGACAAGAGGCCCAAGCUGGAGCGCGCGCACAGCGCCGCCGAGAAGGAGAACGUACCGUCGCUGCUGCAGCGCUCCGGCAGCGUGCUGCACCGCCAGUACUCGCAGCAGGAACGGCGCUCCGUGUCGCCGCACCGCCAGCAGCAGCAGUACCGCGAGGAGGAGAUCCGCUACUACCGCGGCGAGCUCGAGGGCCUGAUGCGGUCGCAGCAGUACCACCAGCCGGCGGCGCCGCCGGUGCCCUCCUACCGCAACGACUCGUUCAGCUCGGAGCAGUCGUCGUCCGUCGACGUGACGAGCGCCGUGCCCGCCAACAACAAGAAGCACAAGCGCAGCGGCUCCGCCAAGAAGAUGGGCCCCGCGCCCGUGGGGCUGGCGCCGCACCACCAGCAGCAGCAGCAGCACUCCUUCUCCAGCUCCGACGACGAGCUCAGGUCGACGCCCGAGUGCACCAGCUGCGAGGAGCACGACAGCGAGAAAGUAGGGAAAGUAGAAAACUAUCAGACUCGCCUGCAUCACCAUCGCCACCAUUCCAAUACCCACCACAACAACCACAAUCAUUAUGCAUCUCACAGAGACUCAAGACAUUCCAGCAACGGUAGCCGGCACAGACACGAAACUAGGAAAGAAGUGGAGAAAUUUCCACGUGAUCUCAACGAUUAUCGUGAUCGAUACUUUGCUUUUCGUGAUAGAAUAGUGAAAGAGUGUUCAGAACUGUGGGAAGAAGGAGACAGUCGACGUUUCACAGAACGCAGAAAGAAGACUGUGCGCUUUGACCGUCCUGAUCGGGACUGGAUGAACCUUGGAAGUGCUGUGCGAUGGGGUGCAGAUCGCCAGGGUUCUCAGGACUCACAGACCAAAGAUUCUGGGAUCGACACCAGUAGCACAUUUACAUCUAGUGAGGACUCUAAUCGAGGAGAAGGGCCAAAGCAUCCAAUGUCAUGGCAAGUUAGUGCUGAUGGUACACGGAUGAUUGGUCACAUGAUACUCAAGAAGACUGCACGUGAAGGAAUGGGUCCCAGCUCUUCUGCUGCUAUCCUGGGUCUCAAGGUAGUAGGUGGCAAGCUGCUGGAGAAUGGAGGGCGGGGGGCAGUGAUCGAGAAGGUCAAGAAGGGCAGUAUAGCUGAUGUAGAGGGGCAGUUGAGGCCAGGUGAUGAAGUUAUAGAAUGGAAUGGUCGUUCCUUACAAGGAAGUUUCCAGGAAGUAUAUGACAUCAUCGCAGAGUCAAAACAGGAGCCUCAAGUGGAACUUAUAGUAUCUCGUUCCCUAGGCAGUCGGAGAGCAUCUCAAGCUCCUUGGAGGCAGGCUCACUCCUCACCCACCCCCGUCCAUAAAGAUUUGUAUGAUAGCCGACGAGACAAGCCUAGUGUUCUUGUGACAUCUCCUGGCUCACCUGAGCUACAUAUGCCCUCUCGAUCUUCUCGCCCACCUCGCCUUGGAAUGACUACUGUGAAUCCAAAUGUUGGUGGCAGAUUGCAGGUAAAACUGUGGUUCGACUCUGGGGCACUGCAGUUAGUGGUGACAGUCGUGUGUGCAGCUGGCCUUACCCCACGGAGUAAUGGACAACCAAGAAACCCGUAUGCAAAGCUUUUUUUGCUACCUGACAGGAGUGAGAAGUCUAAAAGAAGAACGAAGACUCUUGCCAAUACAAAUGAUCCAAAAUGGAACCAGACAUUUGUAUAUUCUUCAAUACGGAGAGCUGACUUGAAACUUCGAAUCUUAGAAGUGACUGUCUGGGACUAUGUUCGUUAUGGGGCCAAUGAUUUUUUAGGAGAGGUGGUUAUAGAGCUCAGUGUAGCACCCUUAGAUGAAGAACCUGAAUGGUAUUAUCUGAGUGCACAUGAAGAAAUUCUUCCCUCCCAUGGGAAUAGGCGGGAACCAGGAGAUGUGGAGCUGGCACUAACACCAACAGAUCACUUGUCCCCCCCUAGUACAACAUCACGAUUGUCUGAUUCUGACACAUCUGAGUGUGAUUUAGAUGACAUGGGGCGUGAUCGGAGGAUAGCAGAUGGAGCCUCUAUUAGCAGUAUAGGCAGCUCUUCAAGCUCUUUUUGCAGUCCCCCUCCUGAAGUUGAAAUGACAGAGCCAAGAAGAUCUCGAAGAGAUAUGCCUACUCAGGGAAGAAAAAGGGCUGCAAUUAUGAUGAGUCGGGACAAAGUAUCCAGUUACCCGAAUCAGCGGAAAAAUGGGGGUCAGCCAAUGAUGAGUCAACGAUCGCAUUCCGCUGCACCUACGGAUUCGCCAAGUUUGCACUCUCGUAGCAGGUCCAAGAGCCCACGUCGAAUUGGUGAUCAUCGUAGCUUAUCUCCUCCAGAAGCAAGAAUGCAUUACCAUGGAUCCGCUGUCCCAUCGCAUGCAUAUGUUCCAAGGUUUACCUCUCGAUCUGCCACUGCAACGCCUACUGGAUCACCAAAGAAACGCCAACUUCCACAGAUACCUCAUGCGCUACCAAAAGCCCUGAAGGAUCGUGUAGUAAAGGAUAUGGAAGAACGAGCUCAGAUGAUGAAACAGAGAAUGAAGCUGAUGCAGGGCCAACGAAGUUCAGGCAUGGGUGGAUGGGAUCAUCAUUACACUGGACUUAGUGACAGUGAUUUACCACGAAGUACAAUGCCACCAUCCAGAAUGCAUCGGUCACCAGACAAAGAUAUAAUGGGUGACUUUGGUGACAGUGAUAUUGAGAGUGUUGUGAGUGUGACAAGCAGUGCCUUCUCAACCCAAUCUGAGCGACCGCGUGGCUCCAGGGGUCUCAGUGACUACGGUGGUGGAAGCAGUGGAGGUGUACAACGUGUAAUGGCCCACCACAGUAGUGCUCCAGGUGGCAAUGGGUCAGGAACAAAGCGUGGAACAUUUACUCGGAGUUUAUCCAAUGCUGAGGUUCCACCUGAUGAAAAAACAGCAGAUGGUAGUCUGAGUGACACAGCUGUUGGACAACUGCAUGGUUUGGAUAAUACACGCCGAAAACCUGCAUCAACUGGUGACCGGGGCAGCAGUAGUGGAGGAAGCAAAGGCAGCAGUUCUGGGAGCCAGUUUUCAGGCCUGAACAAGAAGAGCAGCUCAACAUCUCAGCUUUCAGCAACAGGUCGGAAACGUAGGUUAGGUUUCGGGCGAAAAGGCAAAACUUCAUUUACCGUCCAUAGAAGCGAGGAAGUUUUACCUGAUGAUGUGCGGCACCUGGUCAAACAGGGUUCGAGUGCCUCAAGCGACGGGGAGGGCUCACAAGAUGGAGACAGGUGGUCACCCUCCUUCAGGCUGGCGCAAGAUGGUGGUCAGCUGUCGGAUUUCAUUGAUGGCCUUGGUCCAGGUCAGCUUGUUGGCCGGCAAGUGCUAGGAGCACCAGCACUGGGGGACAUACAGCUCAGCAUGUGCUAUCAGAAAGGCUACCUGGAGGUAGAAGUUAUACGAGCCCGUGGAUUGCAGGCUAGGCCUGGCUCGAAGGUGUUGCCAGCACCCUAUGUCAAAGUCUACCUUGUUAGUGGAAAGAAGUGUAUCGCUAAAGCAAAAACUGCAACUGCGAGAAGAACAUUGGAUCCCCUUUACCAACAACAGUUAGCCUUCAGAGAACCAUUCCAGGGCUGUAUACUCCAGGUGACUGUGUGGGGUGACUACGGGAGAAUCGAGGGCAAGAAAGUUUUCAUGGGCGUUGCUCAGAUAAUGUUGGAUGACCUGAAUCUGUCCAACAUUGUGAUUGGCUGGUACAAGUUGUUUGGAACCACAUCAUUGGUUAGUGGGCCCCCUUCGCUCGGCCUGUCUCGACGCAGCUCCCUAGCUAGCCUAGAUUCCCUCACUAGUCACUAGCCUCUAGAGGAGAGACCCUUUCCCCACUGAGCAUUUCCUGACUGCACUUCUGUACUGCCUGACUGCCCAAUGAUGCCCCAGUUCACACAUCAAACAGAAAAGAAAAGAAAAAAGUUAAAGCCUGGUGUUGAUGCAGAUGAUGAGUUGAUGGUGAUACAGCAGCUAACUGAUUUUUGAAAACAUGAGAAUGCAGUGCUGAGGAGAGCAGCAGGCAGGAUUGCAAGAGCAGCAAUCACCUCUCAUUAAACUGAUUUGUGAGUGAUCUGAUUCCAACGAUGUGAUAAAACAAUUUUGAAACUCCACAAGUCCUUUAUAUAUGUAUAUAUGUAUUUAUGUGAGUAUGGGGUAACUUAAAGCAGGUAGAAAGGCAAGGAAAGUUGCAGGUUUUACUUUUACAUAUGUGACUUUAUGAAAUAGACUGUAAAUAACUGACAUACAGCUUGCAUGCUGUCUUCUGUUUUGUUUACCUUUUCGUCAUAUGCUUUCUGUACUACCAUUCCAAGAAUGACAUCUCCAAAUAAGCACAGUCUUUUGCUAUCUCUUGUGUUCUCAGACAUGGGAGUGAUGUAAAAUUUUGGUACCAUUGUAAAUCUUCAAUUCUUUGAUAACAGAAGACUGUGCCUGCAUGAAAAUUCAUUCACAAAAUUAUCAGGAAACAUUGAGCUUUAAAUAACAUAUUCUGUCUGAAUACAAUAAUAGUCUUGUCAAUAAUACAGUGGUGCUGGCCACAUGCAAACAUGAAUACAUAUAUAUGUAUUGUUAUUCUGUGGUGAAGCAAAGUGAAAUGUAAAUACAGUGAUAAACCUUACAAAUAAUUUGAAAUAAGAUGCACAUAGCGUGCAUGAAUUUUUGAAGAGCUGUAUAAAAUAAUUUCUAUGGAUGUAAUGGAGAUAAACGUGUAUAUAUCAUGUGUUUGCGUUUGUGAGAGAGAAUGUGCGUGUGCUUUGUGCAUAAAGUUCAUAAAAUUAUCUGACAAUGGGAAAUAAGACUUUGUAUAUAGCAAUUUGUGAUGCAUUGAGGGAAACAGUCUUAGACUGAACUAUAUAAAUAACAGAACAUUUAAAAAAUUCUCAAGCCUUCCAGAAGUUUCAGUGAAUAAAAACUUAAAAUAUAAAGAAUUUAAUGAAUGACGUUUGGUUGUUUAUAAAAAUGACAAAAAUUAUAAAAAUAUAAAAACUCUCAACACUGCAAAACGAAAAAAGUCAAAAGCUGUGAACAAGCGGAAGAGUGAAUUUGUGGAAUUUGUGUGGGCCAUGUUUUGUCCUUUUUUUAUUCCAGUGAUACCUAGCAAAAAGACAAACAGCUGAAAAUUGUAACUAUUGUAUUUUUUAAAACAUUAUUUUUUAAGAAAAUCUAAUACAACAAUACCAAAAUUAUAAUUUUCUUUUUAUUCAGUAAUUUCUUACUUUGUCUAAAAUUAUAUGAUGUGGAAGUGUGAUUGCUUACUCUCAUCAUACAUAGUUUGUCAGUAGAAGAGCAAACUUCCCAUUGAACCGUAUUCUAUAGCCUUUAAGGAUUAGCAAUACAGUAAAAUGCUUUUAUUUUACUAAUGUAUUGCCUGUACUCCCAUCUGAUUAGGAGCAUAACCUAUAUAUAAAAUCACUACAAAUUACAAAUUUUCUUUCUAUCAUUGUUAAUAUGUUUAAUAUUUAUUUUGUCUCCUGUCUGAAAUUCUUCCAUGAAUGCAUCUGCCAAAUGAAACAAUUUAAAGAGAACGUUUUGUAGUAUAUACUUAUAGCCAUCAAAAUUCAAUGCUCCUCGCAAAAUUUAAUAAUAUUGCAAGAAAUCCAUGAGAAGGUUACAAAUAAGUGAGAAGUUUUCCCUUUACAGAGUCCUUACAGAUAAAAGCAAGUAUGUUACGUAUUUAUGAUGGUGAUGGUGGUUAUGACAAUAGUAACAAAUGAUUUUGAAAUAAGUUUAAAUACAAUAUGUACAUAUAUAUAUAUGAUUAUAUAUAUCUAUAUAUCUAUAUUCAAAUUAUUAUAAGUGAUACCUUCAAGAGAGUAUUACUACAUGUAUACUUAAAAUGACUUGCUUGUUUAAAAGUUUUUGACACAUUUCAUGAAAAUUUGAUAUGGUAUGGAGUGCAAUUUUAUGAUGCACAAAAGAUAAAUUCAAAAUAUACGUAUUAUCACGAUGUGAGCUAAAUGUGUGGUAUACUGUCAGAUGUUUUCCCUAUCCUUAAAGGCAUUCAGAAAAACCCAAAAAAGGGGCCUUCCUAUCCUUAUUAAAUAGAUUUCCUUAACAAGUAUCAUGCUUCAGACAAGUACAAUUCUUGUGAUCUUUGUGACCAUUUGUAUGAAAAAAUAUGAAUAUGUCAGACUGUGUAAAGGACUGUUGAUAAUGUUCAUGGAUUGGGUGAAUCACUAGUGAUAAUAAUAAGUCUUCUAAAACAUGUAAGGAAGUAGUGUCUCUUCACAAGGAGUUAAAAUUCACUUCUUGCGAAAAUUCUGUCUUUCAACAGUUCACCUAGGUGGCAGCUAUAAUUGAUAUUUUGCAUUUGGAUCUUUAUAGAGGAAUCAUUUCCUCUACAAGAUAUGAUUUGUUUCAUUUCAUUUAAACCAUUUAAAUGCUGUUUGUGAUUUACUUGCUGGUAUCCUCAUUUUAUUUCUUUCUUUUCUUCUUCCUAUUCUCUUUCUUAAAAAAGAAUAAAAAGGGAGAAGAAAAGUGCUUGUGUAUGUUUUGUAGUUCACUGUACAUUGCUCAAUUGGAAGUAACCUAAAUAAUGUAUUUACUCAUUUGUUGUGUACCUGAGAGUAUAAUGGCUUUAGGAUGAAUGGAACUUUGUAAAAUUUAUCAAGUAAUUGCUAUUAAUGUUACAAUUACAGCUUAAUUCUGAGCUGCAGUCAGAUGAGCAACAAGUUGCCUAAUUAUUAUUAAAAUAUUUGUAAUAAUUUUACUAAAAUACUGCUUCCCCCAUCCCAAUUUUAUCUUUAUUUUUAUUGUUUGGUGGCAUUAUACUGUCCUCAGUCUCAUACAAGUAACAGUUUUGUUACCAGUAUUGCUUAUUACAAGCAAGAAACCCAUUGCCAUCUGUUAAGUUAAAAUAAGAUACAUUGAUAAAACAAUUUCCAUGUGGUCAUCUGAAGGCAGUUCAAAAUCUACAUUGAAUCCUGUGCCUUAAAUAUUUUCCAGGUCAUGGAAAUCAGGAAUUAUAAACUUUGUAUUUUAAAGUUAGCUUCUGGUUCACAUCAAAGGUCAUAAUGAUCAUUUUCAGUAAUGAAUAAUCUCUUGGUUAUGCCAAACCACACAAAUAUUAUUCCAGACAUGGCACUGUAAUAUUUAUUGUUGUACCCUAUCACUGUCACAUUACUGUUGUAUAUUUAGUGUGAAUGAGUUCAGACGUAAAGAAUCACAAACAAAUAGGAAUAUAGUAGCUACUGCCAUGUGAGCAUUUUGAGGUUCUAUAUUCCAUAUUCCUGUCUACUCUUCUUAAAAUAUACAACUGUUCAGACAGCCAAAUUUGAAAAAUUGAAACUAUGAACCUUUUCCAAGCCUUAUGAUGUGAGACAUAACAUGAGAAACAAAUUAUGUAACUUUUCAUUUAUCAAUUCUUCUUUUUUAUAUAUUGUUGCUUAUUAAGGUAUUUUUUAAAAUACUUUCAAAUAUGGACAAAAUUUCAGAUAUGAAGGUACAUUAUGUACCUUCUGCUGAACCCAAACAGUUGAUUUUUAUUUUUUAUUUAUUUUUAUCUGCAGGUGAUAUUAUUUCAAAAUGUUAUGUGGUUCUUUUAUUGACUACUUUUUCUAACACAUACCAUAAAAAUUUUGUCUAGUUUGUUCUAUUUUUGUUACUCCCAGAAAAAACAUGUCAUAAAAAUAGGUUCAACCAUGUUAUUUUACAUCCAUCCUUCUGCACAAUAUGACAGUGAUGUACAAAUUUCUGUGGUGUUUAGGACAGGUCGGCCCCUUAAAUUUGCCUGUUAAAUAUCUCCAAAUGACGUUAAACAAUAGAUAUUUAAAAACUGUAUGCUUUUCUUUGUGGUAUUUUGUGUUAUCUGCCCUUGUUUUGAGAUGGAUGUAUGAUAGGUCCAUUAAUUGAGAGGAAACUUGAAUAAUGUUGUGAUAGUGUCCUUAUUGCACAACAUUAUUACAGAUAUGAGUAAAAACCAGCUUCCACUUGUAAUAGGGCAAGUAUAAUAUUUCAUUUUUGUUAACUGGGAAAAUAAAUAAAUAUUCACACAGAGAGCAGUAUGAGGGGCUUAACAAAAAUAAUAACCAGAAUUUAAUUAAAAAGUUGCACUAGACAACAUUCUUGAAUGAGAAAAUGUUUCUAUGCAAUACAGUACCUUGCUUUGCAACACUGGGUAAUGUACGAGGAUAUCAUGAGCUUUGGAGAUAUAGAGUAGAUAAUAUGAGAGCAAGACGUGACAUUAUAAUAAGCUGCAUUAUUAAUAAAUUGUAUGUUGAGUUAACAUAUAUGCAUAUCCAGCUUUCUCAACUGCAUAUGUUAAAUGAGAGCUCAUCUUUUAUGGAAAGAAAAUUGCAAAAAAUGAUAAAUAUUGUCAUCAUCACUGUAGACUGAGUUUACAGUUAAUCAGAAGUACCAUAUUUUUUGUUACUAAUGUGAUACAUCUAUUGUUUACUCAUACCAAUUUCAUUUGGAGAUAAAGUGAUGAGAACAAAUGAUGUUUGUGCACUGGAACAAUAUUGUAACAGGUGAUAUACCUGUGUGUGUGGAAAAAAAGCUCAAAACAUU